AUGGCCCUUUCUCCUUUCGAUUGCGUGCCAGGUUUUUUCGUGAUGGACCCCCGAACGGAAGCUGACCAUGGCCUAGAGAUUGGUAAAAGAUUUCAAGCUAUCCCUAGAUUCUCCCGAUCGCGAUAUUCGUAUGUAUCCCAAGCGGCAACGGCAGUGUCGGAGAACCAACACCAUGGAGGUCCAGGCAGUAAAGACGAACGAGGUAACAAGGACGGAAAGGAUACCACACAGGAUGGCAAGUUCAUUCACGACUGGGAUGGUGAAGACGACCCUGAAAACCCCUUCAACUGGUCGGACACGUACAAAUGGGUCUUCACAAUCACGGUCCGAAGUUACGGAUCCGGAAAUGACUGGUAUGAGAGGAAGUUCCAUGUCCAGAACCGACCAUUUCCGAACCUGUACUGGGCUACAACUUCGUGGAAUAUGGGAGCUGCAUUGUUGCCCCUGUUGUUUGUGCCGCUGACUGAGAAUCGUGGGAGAAUGCCUGGCUAUUUCAUGGCAUACGCGCUCUUCAUCAUCUGGCUCUUGCCUUCAGCUUUUGCUCAGAACUUCGCUACGCUCGUGGUGACCAGAUUCUUUGGUGGCGGCGCAUCAAGCAUCGCUAUAAAUCUGGUUGGAGGUACUAUUUCCGACAUAUGGGACGGCGAGAAGGCUCGCAGCCUUCCAAUGAGCUUGUUUGGAUUUACUUCGGUUGCCGGUAUAGCUCUGGGUCCAUUCGUCGGCAGCGCUAUCGUACAGGUUCACAAGCACGAUCCAUGGAGAUGGAUUUUCAAUAUUCAGAUCAUCUACAACGCUGGUUUGUUACCAGUCUUCUGGUUCAUACUGCGAGAAACUCGAGGAGACGUGAUCUUGGCUAGACGUGCCGAAAAGCUGCGCUACGAGACCGGACGACCGGUAUUUGCUAAAUCGGAGCUUGCGAGAGAAUCAACAGCGGAACAGGUGAAAAUCAGCUUCAAGCGGCCAGUGAAGAUGUUGCUCACCGAACCUGUCGUAACUUCCUUUACACUCUGGGUCAGCUUUGCUGUGCCUCAGACCUUCUCGAUCAACUACGGUUUCGAUGUGUUCCAGACAGGUCUAAUUCAGCUGGCAAUAAGCGUUGGUGCGCUUAUUGGGACCGUUUUCAGUCCGCUUCAAGACUGGUUGUACUUUCGCAGUGCCCGCAAGAACAAAGAAAAGCCCGGCCAACACACUCCCGAAUCCCGAUUACUGUUGUCCGUUCCUGGAUCGCUCUUGUUCACAGGCGGACUUUUCUGGUAUGGCUGGACGUGCCGGCCUGGCAUUCACUGGAUCGUGCCGACAUGCGGCGUCGCUUGUGUGGGGGUUGGCAUAUACAGCAUCUACGUUUCUGUGGUCAAUUACCUGACCGAUUCGUAUGUGCAGUUCGCCGCAUCGGCGCUCUCAGCAGCAAGUCUUCGGAGGAACGUGUUUGCCGCCUUCUUGCCUCUGGCGUCAUAUGUCCUUUUUGAAAACUUAGGUUACGGCUGGGCAGGCAGUCUGCUUGGGUUUAUCGGCCUUGCCUUGAGCUUCGUGCCGGUUUUGUUGCUGGGAACGGGUCCGAGUAUCCGGCGACGCAGUCCUUUCAUGCAGGAAGCAAGUCAAGAUGGGGAGCACAAUCGCCAGCAAGAGUGAAGCUCAUUGUCGCAUACCAGCCCAGGAGCUCAGGCCCGAGAUAUGGCUAGAUAUGUACAUAUAUGACAUAAUUCAAAUAUACGACGCCGGAUAUUUAUCUGCUCGUAAUCUCUGACUGAUAUUCCACCUCAGGAGGCGUUGGUAUAAUUCAAACUGGCCCUACGAUCAGGAACGUCCAGUUUGGAGGAUGGAGCGGUCAGCCCUAUGCGGUGAGAAGUCGGUCUGUUUCACUGGUACUGUGUAUGUCGUUGCUUUACACCUGGAUCUUGGACCCCCAGAAAGUCCAGAAGCACCCUUGCUGCACAGUCGAUCCAGUCAUUGCGUCUUGGGAGAGAUAUGGAAUGGCAUUGGAUGGCCU